CGUGAAGUAUCACUCUGCAGCUGGCUGCCGGGUUGUAUAGUGUUAGUGCAACAUGACUGAUAGUAAAGCUGAGUCCCUUCAUGCCUGUAUCGGCGCUCUUGCUAUCAGUGCAGGCUCGUUUUUGUUGGCAGUAAAUUAUUACAGUUGGACAGCGGCAACCAUAGUGAUACCCAGCACAGCCCUCGGCAUUCUGCUUCUUAUUGUAGCUGCCAUUCUGGCAUAUGUAGGUAUCCGAAAAUGCAGGACAAAUGCCUCCCUGAAUGUGUUAUUUUACUGGACUGUGUCAGCUCUGUGGUUCAGUUCUGGAAUCAACUUCAUAUUGGCAGGAAAUAAUGUGUUAUCCGCCACUAACCAGACCAUUAUGUCUGGUUUUAAUUCUGGAACCAACUUCCUGCUGGCAGGAAAUAAUGGGACAGUCAGCCCUGACAUGACUAGUGCCAAUGUUCCUGGGCUAAUAGCGUUUGCUGUGGGCCUGUUUAUUAUUGGCAUUAUGGGGAUACUUCAAAAUGAAACACCUCUUGCUUUGAUGGCAAUUGCUCUUUCUCUUUCUUCUAUUCAUGAAAUUGUGCUGCUUUAUAAAAUCAACUUUGGUGCCUCUGCUAUCGCCUGUAACUAUAUGAUUGUAACUUUAAUUGGGUUGUACUUUGGUGCAGGCCGAGUAGUCUCCAUUCUUAGUAAGGGGCAGAUUAAUCUUCCAGGCACAAGCCUGACUAAAAAGGCAGACCAGGAGCAAGGUACAAUUAAAGGAUCAAGUAGAAUAGAAUUUGAGGGCAUGUACCUUAUUCUUAAUAUGGUCGCUUCCAGUGUGUUUGCCUGCAGACUUCUGGGUAUAACCGACAGUCUGUUUGUUGGGCAAGUGCCAUGGCUUUGGACAGCAGCAGUUUUCCAGACUGCCAUUUGUAUUUUGUCAUAUCGCUAUUACAACAUGCUAGAUGCAACCUUAGUUGCUUUUUUCUCCAUUUUGAGAUUUGCUGAAGGCUAUUCACUACUUUAUCAAUAUUUUAACACCGGUGAGCCAAACUUCCCUCUGCCCUUUCUAAUUGUUUUUGCCAUCCUGUUUUUUAUCCUAUCCCUUUUCACAAGUAUUAAAAGUCUGAUGGAUUUAGGAUACGUGCUCCUGUUUGUUGCAUAUUGCAUUGCCUUAGCCUGCAGCCCUCGGGCCUUUUUUAGUGGUGGAUCUCAGGGAGUUAAUAUUGCAAUUUUUAUAUUUUCAGCAAUUCUUCUCCUAGUUAAGUUGUUUAACUUCAAAUCAUCAGCUAAGAUCUGCACUGGGCAGGGAAUCAUAGAGAAACUUUUUGCAAGUAAUACCUUUUUCAAGUUGCGCCAAGGCAAAAGCACUCAUGAGCCUUUCCUUGGUUUUUCAAAGUACGCAGAUGGGGAAGUGCUCGCUCAUGCGUGCAGCGUUCUUGCUGCUUUUGCCAUGACAAUGCCGGGCAACUCUAACACACCUCUGCUCACAGUAGUUUUGCCUUGGGUUGUGGUAGCUGGGGGCAUUUAUAACCUCAUUUGUGGAUCAGUGGCCUUCUCUCGUGGUAAGACACUUGAGAGUAGUGCUUUUAUCCUUUAUGGAGUCAUGUGGGUUAUUUGGGGACUCACACGCUAUGGUGGCCUAUAUGGAACAAGCAGAGGUUUCAAUACUGCAGUGGGAAUUAUAAGUUUCCUUCUCUUUAACAGCUUCAUUGUCUUCAGUACCCUUUUCCUAACAAAAGCAUGGUUUGCCUAUUCUCUGACAUUUCAACUUAUCUUCAUAAGCUUUCUACUAGACUCUCUAAAUGCUUUACCACAUGGCUAUGAUAUUGCAGUUACUAUUAUCUUUGGCCUUGUGAGCUUCUACUGCUUUCUUGCUACCUUAUUUAAUAGUGUUUUUGAAGGUCCCCAAAUACCAGUUGGCAGCCCUUUUAUAAAAAUCAGUGGGUUUUCAAAUGAUAAAUCAAAGUGUCCCCAUGUCGUCUCUACCAGAACAAGCUCCGUCAGACAAAUUGCAGAGAUAAUGAAGAAUGGAGGUAUAUGUGGAAUUCCAACUGAUACUGUCUAUGUUUUGGUGGCUGCUUGCAACCAGCCCGAUGCUGUGGAAAAAGCUUACAAAACAAAGCGUCAAGCUCAGGACCGGCCCAUGUCGCUUUGGAUUUCAAGCCUAGAGCAGCUAGCAUCAGCCAAACACUUAUUUAGCCCUCUGUUAUGGGAUUUCAUGCAGAGAGCAUGGCCAUCGUCAAUAAGUUUGGUUAUACCUAGAGGGCCAUGGCUGGAGGUCUUGGGUGCAAAGGAAUCUUCCAAAUACAUAGGAACUCCUCAAAGUAUUGCCAUUCGGAUCCCAGACUGCACAGUCACUACUCAUUUGAUCGACAUGGUGGGACCAAUUGCAGUUACAUCAGCAAAUCCAUCAGGAGAAGCAGAUACAACUCACCAUAAUCAAGUUUUUGCCAAGUUAGGAGAUAAGGUAGAUGGUGUCCUUUGUGAUGGGCCCUCCCCAGAGAACAUUGCCUCUACUGUGGUGGACUGUACCAAGAUUGAUAGUGGAAACCUUGGCUUUUUCAGGGUUGGCAUUGUGCCUAAAUCCCAGGUAUUACAGAUUUUCGAAGAAGUUAAGAAAAAAAAUACAUUUGGCUAUGAGAACAGUGCUUUCAUUGGGUCCACUGACCAGCUGCACAGUUCUGCUGACAGUUCCAACCCACAGAUAAAUGCAGAAAUUGAAGAAAGAGACAACUGACCAACUGCAGAAAUUUCAACCCACAAAUAUAUGUGGAAAUGGAAGACAAACAGCUGGUGGAUUUGCCACACAUUACAAACAAUUUAAAACUUGAAUAAUGGUUAACUAGGGUGUCUAUAAUAAUAUUAAAGCUGCUUAGAUUAUCAAUGGUUUUGUAUAUACUGUAUGUGCAUUGUAUAAACUGUAUGAGUUUCAAUAUUUAUUAAUGUUCAUUUUUGAUAUUUUUAUUGGAAUAUUUAUAAAUUAUUACUAUUUUUUCAAUAAAUUAUGAGAGGUUUUGUAAAAA